GCUCCCAGAAGGAACGCCAUGAAGAAGCUUCAAAAGAGACGCUCCAGUCUGUUUGCUAACCUGAAGAUCGGGGACGCUGGCAGCUUCUCGCAAAGCCUUGAGGAGGACGACAAUGCUUUCCCCUUCGCCCUGGACAGCUCCGUGAAGCAGUGGGCCUCCAUGAAGGAGCACCGCAAAUGUGGCGGAGAAGAGAAUGAGGAGGGUGUUGAAGAGGAUUGCGAGGGGCACUGGUGCCGCACUUCCCCUCGAGCUAAGCAAAGCAUAAUAAACCUCAACAUUGGAGGCAGGCAUUUCAAAAUCUCCAGCAGGAUGGCAGCCCGUUAUCCCUGCAGCCGCAUCGGACGCCUGGCCCUGUGCAGGGACCCAGUGAAAAAGCUGGCGCUGUGUGAUGACUACUCUGUGCUCACAAAUGAGUACUUCUUCGACCGGGACCCCACCUUUUUUCACUACAUCUUCCACUUCUACCGCUGCAGGGUGCUGUGGAUCACGGAGGAGCUGUGUCCGAUGAAUUUCGAGGAGGAGAUGGAGUACUGGGGUCUGCACAUAAAGUAUAGUCCCCGCUGCUGUCGGAUCCUCUUCGAGGAGAAGAAAGACGAGAUAACGGAGGAUCUCAAGAUCCAGCGAGAGCUGCUGGCCCAGAUCGAGCCGGAGCACGACAAAAACUUUGAAGGCAUGUUCCUGGGGAAGCUUCGGAAGAACAUCUGGAACCUUGCAGAGAACCCUUACUCCUCCACCUGGGCCAAAGCGUUCGCCAUUGUGGCCAGCUUCUUCGUGCUUGUCUCCAUUGUGACCAUGACCCUCAACACGGUGGAUGAGAUUUCCAGCGGGAAGGCCUACAUCCACCAAGUGGAGACCAUUUGCCUCAUCUUCUUCACUGCAGAGUACCUCAUGGGGCUGGUCUCCACCUGCAACAUCAAGAAGUUCCUGCUCAGCCCCCUGAAUUUUGUGGACCUGGUGGCCAUCUUGCCCUUCUACGUCCAGAUAGCCUUUGAGAAAAUUGCUACCCAGAUGGACAUGAACUUUAAUGAGGACCUGGAGACCAUGGAGCAGGUGAGGAAGUCGACCAAGGUGCUGAAGAUCAUUCGGCUCAUGAGGAUCUUCCGCAUCCUAAAACUGGCACGCCACUCCACAGGACUCCGAGCGUUCGGCUUUACUAUCUGCCAGUGUUACCAGCAGGUGUGCUGCCUCUUCUUGUUCAUUGGCAUGGGGAUCUUCUCCUUCUCCGCGCUCAUGCACUCCGUGGAGCACGAUGUCCCCGGCACCCCCUUCAGCAGCAUGCCUGACGCGUGGUGGUGGGCUGCGGUCAGCAUCUCCACAGUGGGGUACGGGGACACUGUCCCAGAGUCUGCCCUGGGCCGCAUCGUGGCAUUCGGCUGCAUCUCCUUCGGGAUCAUCCUAAAUGGCAUGCCCAUCUCCAUCCUCUUCAACAAGUUCUCAGAUUACUACGCCAGGCUGAAGGCGCAGGAGUGCGACGCCAACAUGAAGCCGCGAGGCAAGAUCCGGCUGCAGCAAAGGAUGCUGAGGAGGCUGUCCGAGUGUCGCAGACCCCAGACUCUUGACUCUGACGACGAGUCCUCCAGCAGAUCAGGGGGGCGCUCCUGAAGGACAGUGCCUGUAUAAGCACAGAGGUGUCCUUUCUAGACUGGAGCCUCUGCUAGACUCGGCGAGUCCUAUUAACUGUGCAGUUUCAAGAUCUGGGUCUGUUUUUCACUGUAAAUCAGACAUAGUAGACAAUGUCAUAUAUGCUACCUUUUAAAUUAAAUUUUUUUAUUGAUGUUCUCCCCAUCAGCUAUGUGCACCACACAUGAAAAUGACCUGAAUUUGUUCCUCUUUCCUUAAUGUAUUUUCACAGCUGAAAGAGACCGAGAGAUCAUCAAUAUCACUGAUCUAUGGGACACCUUGUUAUUUGAUAUUGACAAACACAGACUACGGGGAAAAAUAUCCACAACAUUAAAAAGCUCACAAGUUUUGAGGUUUAUUACAAAGUAAUAAGUGAACUUUAACUUGCACAACAAAAUAAACGG